AUGUCGGAUCAGCUUACCGAGAAGCCUGAAGUUGAGGCUCCUGCUCCUGACGCGCAGGAAGCUCCCGCAGCCGAGAAGCCUGUGGAGCCAUCAUCAACCGGAGACGACGCCGCGAUGACCGAUGCCGAAGCAAAUAAGGAGGAGACAAAGGUCGUUGAAGGAAACAACGAAGCCGGAACCCCAGAGAAGACCGUCGGAAACACAGACGCGACCGAAGCACCAAAGCCCGUGGAAGAGGGUGCCGAUAUUGAAAUGAAGGACGCGCCCGAGACCUCGGCUGCUGGGGAGACCAAGACAGAGAACUCGGCGCCCUCUGUCGAUGGCGAGACAGCGGCCGAAAACGCUGCCACCGAAACUACCUCAGGAAAGGGCAAGAACAAUCGACGCAAAUCAACUGGCGGCAACAACCGUAAGAGCCUGACCAAGAAAGCCUCCAAGGCGCGCCUCACGCAUCUGGACGCCAAGCCAGGAGACCACUUCUUAGUCAAGCUCAAGGGAUUCCCCGCUUGGCCUGCCAUUAUCUGUGAUGAAUCAAUGCUGCCACAAGCUCUGGUCGACAGUCGCCCUGUAGCUGCAGCGCGGCCUGAUGGCACCUACACAGAGGCCUACGCCGAUGGUGGCAAACGUGCCAACGACAGAACCUUCCCUGUCAUGUAUCUCCACACAAAUGAAUUUGGCUGGGUGCCAAAUACACAACUUACAGAGCUCACACCUGAGAAGGCUUUGGAAACUAUUACCGAGAAGAUGCGCAAGGAUCUCAAGGAGGCAUUCACGCGCGCAUCCGAACACAAUGAUCUCGAUACCUACAAGGACAUGCUGAAGCAAUUUCAAGAAGAAUACAUUGCAAAGCAGCAAGCCGCAGCAACACCCAAGAAGGCCAAGAAGGGAAAGGCUAAAGCCUCCGACGAAGAUGUCGAUAUGGAGGACGUCGAUGAUACCACAACGGAGAAGUCAAAGUCUAAGAAGCGCAAGGCUGAAGAUGACGUGAGCACACCACAGAAGCCCGACUCGGUUAAGAAGCCCAAGAUCAAGCUUAACACUUCCACACCUAAGGCUGCUAACGGCGCUCCCAAGAGUAAAGAAGAUUCUGCUGCCAAAACCAAGGUGAAGGUCAAGAAGACUAGUGAUGCGAAGGCCGAGGGCAACAAGAAGGCCAAAGUGACUCCCGAGGAGCGACGACACCAGAAAGAGAAAGAGGUACUCUACCUCCGACAUAAACUUCAACGUGGCCUCCUCACCAGGGAUCAACAGCCCCAGGAAACAGAGAUGGAGCAGAUGUCCGAGUACGUCACUAUGCUGGAGAAGUUAAAGGAUUUGGAAGUGUCUAUCAUCCGCACGACAAAGAUCAACAAGGUUCUUAAGGCCAUUCUCAAGCUGGAGUCAAUCCCACGUGAGGACGAAUUCCACUUCAAGGACCGUUCGCAAGUUCUUUUGGACAAGUGGAAUAAGCUUUUGACUGCCGAAACCGCAGCCCCUGCCGCAGAGUCCGCCAACGGAGUGAACGGCAACUCGGAAGCCAAGCCAGAAGAGAAGAAGGACGAUAGCGGUAAGGAGACCACCGAGGAGCCCAAGGUUGAGAAGCCCAACGAGGACGACAAGUCUGAAGAGGAGAAAAUCGAGGAGACACCACAAGCCUCGGCUUCUGAAGAGAAGAAGGAUGACACUGUCGCUCCUCCUGAGCCUGUUGAAACCGCCGCUUGA